AUGAAAACAAUUUUACCAUUCGCUUCAUGCUUCGCACUCAGUUUUGUCUGCACAUGCUUCAGAGUAGACAAAAUAUACGAAACGAAUAAAACGAAUUUAUUCCUUCACCUCCAAAAGAAUGUAGCCCAUAAAAAGUACAAGCUCAGUUAUGAACAAAAUGUAGAAAACGAAAUGCAAAUUAGAAAAAAAAUAGAGGAAGAAAGAGAAAGAAGGGAAAAAAUCAAGAAAGAAAAUAUUUUGUUUAUUAAUAAAAAUUUCAAAUAUGUAAGUAACAACAUCCCCAUUAAUGUUGAAAAAAAAUACACAUACGAAACGUUUAAAUAUAGUGACGAAAUUCUUUCAUAUGUCUUUUUUGUAAUAAAUUUGUUUAAACAUGAACAGUAUAAAAAUAAAGUAUACAAGGAGCACUUACAGAAUGAGGCUUCCCAGGGCAGACCAAAUUGGGAUACACACACGAAUGAACUUUUCCCUCCUUAUUCCAAUGUAACAAAAAAAGUGUCCGAAAAGAAUCAAACAUUAGUAUCCCAUUUUAUAAAAAAAUUUGGGGAUAAAUUCAAAUUUUUUAAUACACCAGAAAGAAUUCAAAGGGAAGAUUGGGCUAAUAUGUUUAAACUGGAACAGGAAGACAAAAAUAACUUUUUUAAAAAUAUAAAAAUUAAAAAUGAAAAAACGAAGGAGUACUACUUUGUCAUAUAUUACUGCAAUUGGCAGUAUGAAUGUAUGGCACUGUACAAUGCCCUUCAUCGCAUUUUCCACAAUUCUUACAACAAUGCUAAUUUUUACAACAUUGAGAAUAGGGUAGAUGGGAAGGACAUACAGGCGGAAGGAGACUCAGAUAAUGUAGACCAGGUUAGUGAAAAUUCAAUAGAUGGAGGAGAUAUAAUUACCAAGGAGGACAUCGAAAAGAUAAAAGAAAUGUACAUCAAAGAUAUGCAAAGUGGUGAAAUAACCGAUAUAGAUAAAUUACUUAGCAAGGAGGAAAACGAGAAGAACGAUGCAGAAACGGACUCGACGCAGGAAAAUUCUGACAAGAAUCAACUACCCAGUGGGGACAAAGCGAGCAGUCAAAUGAAGGAACAAUCGACGGAAGCACAAACACAGCUGGAUGAAAACAAGAAAAAAACCUUCCAGGAGAUAAUGGCGGAAGAAAAGAAAAAGCUAGACGAAGAAUUUUUUUUAUAUGGAUACUCAAAGUAUGAAAACAUCGAGCAGAUAAAGAAGGAAGAAGAAAUGAUAAAAGAAACGAAGCAAAUUAUCAAGGAAGAGAAGUCAAACCAGGACAAGCUAAACAACGAGAGAGACUUCAAAAAUAUUCUAAACGAUUUCGCAUUUCAUAUUAAAAAUUACAAAAAUAUGUACCAAUACGACGCGGAUGGGGUGGAGAAGAAGGACCUGUCAGAAAAUCCGAGCACAAAUCUGAUAGACGAGGAAAGGAGUGCAUCGACUCAGACGGUGUUCCGAACAAACUCUGCCGAAAAACAACCGAUAGAAGAAGCAAACGCCAAGCGAGAAGUAAACAUAAAUGUCAUUUUUGUUCGUCUAAGCAACAGCACAGUGAUAGCGAAGACUAAAAACAUAAAGGAAAAAAUUAAAAAGAAAUGGAUCUAUUCGCACGAAAAGGAAAUCAAAUUUUACGAAUUAAUCCUCUCUGUUAUGUUGAAUGAAAAUAUUUAUUACAAGGACAUACCCCAUAUGGAUAUAUUUUCUAUAACGUACGACAAGAAAAAAUUAUAUGACUUUUUUAAUAAAGUGAACUCAAACUUAAAGCACAGUUUCAUUCACAAAAAUAAUGUAUACGAUAUUUACAAUAACGUUAUCAAUGAGAAUAUGGAUGUCUACAAUUUUGACAUCCACGAUGGAGACAGAAUUUCACAAAAAGGAACUACAUCGGACGACGAUGUGCAGGGGGAGGCGUCUAAUCCAAGCGGGGACAUUGUCGACUCUACCCCAAAUGAUGAUGUCCUUUUUGAAGAACUAAGUCUAGAUGAAGAUGAGGAAGAAGAUUCUGAAAAUUACCAAGUGAUAUAUGAUGGGCGCAUGGACGACACGAAUCACAUCGAUGAACAGCCACAGAGUAAGACAACAAAUGCAGCCGAUAGCAAAGAAACAGAUACUACAGUUUCCUCGCCUUUAAAAAAAAAAGACCAAAUGCAGUACAAAGUUAUUAAAAAAAAACAUAAUAAAAAGGAAAGAAGUAAAUACGAAACAUUGUUUAAAAAAAAAUACAACAAUAUAUUUUCCAACACUAUUAAAAGUAAACUGUCUAUUGAAAAAAUUAGCUCCAUAUCGAAUGUCCAAACACACGCCAAUUGUACCAUCGACACGUUUAAGAAUUAUCCCCUAAAUGAAAUUUUUCAAAACGUUUCCCCAAAUGAAAAUUUUAAAAUUGAUGAAAAUUACGUGUACUACUUUAAUUAUAAAAUCCCCAAAGAAAUAUUCCCCUUUAUUCUCCAGAUGUCCUUAGCCUUCAAAUAUGAACACACCACUCUUUUGAUGAAUGCCCCCAAAAAGGUGCAGUUCGAAUUCAGAAAUGUCUAA